CCUCCAACAGCAGCCGAGUACUUGAAAAACAGUGGGACGACAACUUUGAAAUUCCAUGGAGUAAGUUUCCUGAGGAAGUGAUGCAUUAUCUUGAGAGGGGAAAAAGGCCAGGCCCAAAACGGAGGAGGCAAAUGGUCCGGAUUGUUGUGACUGAGAUGAUGGAAAAAUGCCCUCAUGUAGGCAAAAAGCAUUCAACCGACGUUGCAAAAAAAAUGGUCGCAAAAUAUCCACAUUCUCUGCAAGAUGUAAUAGAGGGCGAUAUUGUUGGAGCAGGCUACCUUUCCCUUGUCAAGCAGUUGCAAAAUAGAAUUGAAAAUGCGAGGCGCACAUCAACACCCAAAAUAAGAAAAAGAAAACAUCAGACUGAUGACUCAGUCGACACAGACGAGAUCCCAUUGGAAGAGAGAGCAGCAAUGCAGGACACGUAUGGAUGCAUUAAAUGGAAUGUAGAAUUUCUGCCCCGUGAAGAAACUCCAGAGAGCCAGCAGCAAAAGAUGGAAAAACUCAAGGUGAUGUUCCAACACUCUGAUGCCAAUCCAGAGGAGGUAAAAUGUUUAAUGAAGUCCACUUUUUACACACAGAGACAACAUGUCAACCUGGGAAAAAGUAUCAAAAGCCUUAGAGAGGAGUGGCCGUUUUGCUUUGAUGAACUCGGCAUGUCAGUUCACUUCAAGGAACUGACUGGGAUUAACCUCAAAGAGACAUUCACACAAAAUUUGGAUUUGAAGGGAAAAAGGCUUCUCGACUACAUGGCCACAGUUUGUGUCAGCAAGAGCAAGUUUCUUCAGACUUAUGCAAGGCUUCAGAGAAUGCGGGGACAGCAGAGUGGCUGUUCAGAUGACGUGAAAGAGAUGCUCCUGCUUCUGCUCAGCUACUUUGAUGAGAAUGAGGAGUCCAUGUUCUUCCAUGUAGAAGAUACAUGUCUGGCAGAAGAAGUCCAACUGGAACAAGUGCCUCUGACACCCACUGUCAUUGUCUGUGGACAGUCCUGCUAUUCCUCAACAAGGUACAUGCUGAGUCUGGAUCGGAACCUCGUCAACACAAACAUCUCCUCCUUCAUUUCUGCAUUGUGCCUCAUGUUCGGGAGCUACUACAUUUUCAACAUCCAUUAUCCAUCUGAGCUGGCUUCAACUCUGGAGUUCCUUCAAAGGUGUUUCUUCUCGAUAAACCCAGAAAAAGGAACCAAAGUAGAGAGUAAGAACAACAAGCGUCGUCUCAACCUGAACCCUCGAGUCCUCACCCUGAUACAGGAUCUCUCCGAUCACGAGUGGCGUCAAGCCUAAAUAUGGACUCUAUGUGGACUCUGACUGUUUGUUUGAGAAGAGGUACUUUUAGUUUUCGCUUUGUUAAUCCAAAAUGUGUAUUAUGGUAAUUAAGGCACACUAACUUUUCCUGGUAGAGGGUCCGCCACAUGCUUUUUUCAUAGUGUUAUUGCUUUGUAGUUAUGUUCCAUGUUGUUGUUUUUUACGGUGAAGAACUGUCUUACUGCUGUGUUUCUAGAUGGCUUGUUUAGGUUUGUUUCCUUACAGGUGGUUUUCCCCCGAUGUGUUCUAUGUCCCACGGGCACGGACGUGGUGACAUCCUAUACAGCAGGGUGCAUAUUGUAUGGGGACGAUUCCGAAACAUAAAUAUAUUAUGUAGCUAUCUCAAGUUAAUACACACACACACACACACACACACACACACACACACACACACACACACACACACACACACACACACACACACACACACACACACACACACACACACACACACACACACACACACACACACACACACACACACACUCCCAGUGUGUUAGUCGGGACACUUCCAGUGCUAUAAGGCACUGAUCAUUUUCGGCACAUUAGGCCACGUUUUAGAGGGAUUUAAGCCUAAAUGUGGACUCUGUUUGUUUGAGAAGAGGUACUGUUAGGUUUCGCUUUGUUAAAUCCACAAUUUUUAUUAUUGUUAAGGCAAAAUAUGUCAUUUCUGUUUUAAAGUCUUGCAAUAUGUACAGGUGCACUAUGUCAUUUUUAUCUGACACCUGCUUGUUUCCAUUUUGUAUAUGUUGGAAAAAAAAAAUCAUCCAAUUGUUUAUUGCCGAUGGCUGGUAAAUAAAUUUCCCAAAAGGGAUAUUUUCCUCUCUUGUCUUUUUUCAAAAUUUAAUUUUUGCAUGUUUUGCAGUAGGAGUAUUGGUAAUAAUUUUACAGGUGUAUAAGUAAAUUUUACAUUAUAACUUGAUUAUUAAAACAUAAAAAUACAGCAUAUUAUAAAUAGAUUUUAUGU